AUGAAUAAUCGUAAAAAUGAAAACAUUGAAUCAAUUCUUUACAUGUUAAAACCAUUAAUUGUAAUUGAAAAUUGGUUUGGAAAAUUCAGAUAUCGAAUGGAAAAAGGGCAACUUACCGUAUUGAACAGACGAAUGAAAAUUUAUGGAAUUUUUAUAACGAUUAUUUUGAUUGUACCGUAUUAUGCAACAUUUAUAGAUUUUUUACUGAAAAAACAGUUCACUGAAAUUGGCGAAGUUAUAGACCUGGUGGAUGAAUUGAUUGAUUUUGAAAGACAUUUUGAAGUAUUUGCAUUUUGCGUAUUUAUUGAAAUAUUAAAUGACAAAUUAGGUGUUGUCAAUAUAAAUCUAAAACAAUAUGUUAGACCCAAUAAUAGAAAUAUGUAUGUAAAUGUAAUAAUACCAAAAAAUAACGAUAUCCGAAAAGACCUCACUAAUAGAGAAGGCAAUUCUAAGUUAUUAUUCUUAGGAAAAGCAUAUACUAUUAUCAGUGAAACUAACGAAUUAAUAAAUAAAGUUUUCCAAUUUCAUAUUUUUAAAUGUCUUUUAUCAACAUUUAUCUAUGUAAUAAUUAUUAUAUGGACAUUCCUAUAUUAUAUACGUAGUUCGAACGCUUUUGACACCAUGCCACGCGUAUUUAUGCUAUGUGUAUUUGAAAUAUUGUCUAUUAGUGCAAUGUCUUUUGUUUGUGAAUUAAUGCUUUUGAAAUGUCGUCGUACAAAAAUUUUAAUUAAUGACAUAAUUAUGAAUUACGAUCUUCCUGUUGAGUUGAGAAUUGAAGCAAAAUUAUUAAUGGAUCUAACUGAAGUCAGACCUUUGAAGAUAUUUGCAUACGAUAUGUUUGCUAUAGACAUUAAAUUAGUACUUAAAUUUGUAAGUGUUUCAACCACAUAUCUCAUAGUUAUAGUUCAACUCUCCCACUUAUAUUAA